UCUUUUCCUUCUUUUUUCCCUCUUUCGAACAUUUGGAAUUGGGACAAAGAAAGAAGCCUAUCCGCAUAAAAUCUCAGAAACUCGUUCGUUUGAACGACAGAGAGAUGAAUUACGAGGAGAGACUCAAAGCCGCAGCGAAAAUUAUACUCGCGGACGAUUCACGCACCGCAAACGCGCCAUUGGACGUCUCAAACUUUGGGGUUACGGCGACGCUGAAACCUUACCAAGUCGACGGAGUUUCGUGGCUCAUUCGGCGACACACUCUCGGCGUCAACGUGGUUCUCGGAGAUGAGAUGGGACUAGGCAAGACAUUGCAAGCUAUCUCUUUCUUGAGCUAUUUGAAGGUUCACAUGAUGUCUUCUGGGCCAUUUUUUGUAUUGUGCCCUCUGAGCGUAACGGAUGGUUGGGUAUCCGAGAUAGUAAAAUUUUCCCCAAACCUAAAAGUUCUUCAGUAUGUUGGUGAGAAAGAACAUCGCCGCAGUCUACGCCGGGCAAUGUAUGAGCAUGUAAAAGGACAGUCCUCAUCAUACAACGGCAUGUCAUUACCUUUUGAUGUACUGUUGACAACAUAUGACAUCGCAUUGACGGAUCAAGAUUUUCUUUCUCAAAUACCAUGGCAGUGUGCAGUAAUUGACGAAGCUCAAAGACUUAAAAAUCCUUCCAGUGUUCUUUAUAAGCUUCUCAAAGAGCGUUUUCUUAUGCCAAGAAGGUUGUUGAUGACUGGCACACCUGUCCAAAACAAUCUUACCGAACUCUGGGCUUUGAUGCAUUUUUGUAUGCCUUCGAUCUUUGGGACACUAGAUCAAUUUCUUUCCACAUUCAAGGAAGCUGGAGAUCCUUCAUCAGGUCAUGAUGCAGUUGAAGUAAAGGAGCAAUUUAAAAGUUUAAAAUAUAUAUUGGGAGCUUUCAUGCUUCGACGGACAAAAUCAAGGCUUAUUGAGUGUGGAAAUCUAGUGCUGCCCCCUCUUACUGAGAUAACCAUAAUAGUGCCACUUGUUAGCCUGCAAAAGAAGGUUUACAUGUCAAUAUUAAGAAAGGAGCUUCCUAAACUACUCGCUAUAUCUUCGGGAGCUUCAAAUCAUCAAUCCUUACAGAAUAUCGUAAUGCAGCUAAGAAAAACAUGUAGUCAUCCUUACCUCUUUCCUGGUAUUGAGCCGGAACCGUUUGAAGAAGGCGAACACCUGGUUCAGGCCAGUGGUAAACUGAUGAUUUUGGACCAACUACUCCAGAAGCUACAUGAUUCUGGACACCGUGUCCUUCUCUUUGCUCAAAUGACACAUACACUUGACAUUUUACAGGAUUUUCUGGAGUUACGAAAAUAUUCCUACGAGCGUCUUGAUGGAUCAGUUCGUGCUGAGGAGCGGUUCUCUGCAAUAAGAAGUUUCAGUGGACAAUCUGUUAAAGGGAGCUUGAAUUCUGAAUCUGAACAGAAAGGCUCUUUUGUUUUUAUGAUAUCCACAAGAGCUGGGGGAGUUGGCCUGAAUCUGGUCGCUGCUGAUACUGUUAUAUUCUAUGAGCAAGAUUGGAAUCCUCAAGUGGACAGGCAGGCUUUGCAGAGGGCACACCGGAUUGGUCAAAUGAAUCAUGUUUUAUCUAUAAACCUAGUUAGCAGACAUACCAUAGAGGAGGUUAUUAUGCGGAGAGCGGAGAGGAAGUUGCAGCUUAGCCAUAAUGUUGUAGGGGAUGAUAUGGACUGGGAAGGUAAGGAAAUGGCAGGAGUUGAAACUGGUAAUUUGCGGUCUAUCAUAUUCGGGUUACAUAUGUUUGAUCCUACUGACGUCAGCACUGAGAAUUCGGAUGAGUUGCAGAUUUCUGAAAUGAAUGCUAUGAUUGAUAAGGUACUUGCAAAGCGCUGCGAACAAAUUGCAGGAAAGGAUGAUAGGAAAUUUGAGGUCAGUCCGUUAGAUCUAUCAAGUGGAUCUGAUAUUGUUGUGGGAGGAGGAUCCACCUCUAUCAGUUUAGAUCCUGGUCUUGAUGAGGCUUCUUAUCUCUCCUGGGUUGAAAAACUCAAGGAGGCGUCGCAAUCAGGUAGUCACCCAAUAAUGGAGUCAGGAAUUAGAAGGAAAGCCCCUGAGAAAGAGCAUCUAAAUCUUGAGGAUGCAAGGAAGAAGGCAGAGGAGAAGAAGUUGUCUAAGUGGGAAGCCCUUGGAUACCGGUCAUUAUCAGUUAAAGAACCUAUCAGCCCUGUGACUGUUGAUGUGAUGUCAGACUCAGGUUCCCUUCAUUUUGUUUAUGGAGAUUGUACGCAUCCAUCAAAAGUUUGUUCGUCUGAGCCAACUGUUAUCUUCAGUUGUGUUGAUGACUCCGGAAACUGGGGCCAUGGAGGAAUGUUUGAUGCACUGGCCAAACUUUCUGCAAGUAUCCCUGAUGCAUAUCAACGAGCUACUGAAUUCAGGGACCUGCAUCUUGGUGAUCUGCAUCUUAUAAGAAUUAACGAGGACUCAGAUGAACAGAGUGCAGGUGUUUGUCCUCCUCAAUGGGUGGCUUUGGCUGUUGUACAGUCUUACAAUUCUAGGCGUAAAGUCCCCCGCAGCAAGAUCUCUCUUUCGGACCUGGAAUGUUGCUUAUCAAAGGCAUCAUUCACAGCAGCUCAAAAUUCUGCGUCAAUCCACAUGCCACGUAUUGGGUAUCAGGAUGGAUCAGAUCGUUCAGAUUGGUACACAGUGGAACGUCUUCUACGAAAAUAUGCUUCCAUAUAUGCCAUAAAAUUUUUUGUGUAUUAUUACUGCCGAUCCACCUCAGGCUAGACUUGUGUUUGAAAUAUCUUGACUUUCCCUUUUAGGUUAACCCUUCUGUAUUGCGAGGACAUGUAAUCCUGAAUGGUGAAAUGGACUUCGGCACAUUACUAAAAUUAUUCAUGGUUAGGUCUGAUCAGUUUGUUCAAGUGAGGCCCCAAGACCCCGAGGCAAUUAUAAUACUCAGGGUAGGGUUCUUCCCAUUUCAAGGAAAAUGGAGAGAAACAAUUUCAUGGUCAA